GAAUCCUGUAUAUUACAUUUCACAUAGUAAUUUUUUUCUCUCUCUCUGUUUUGGUUUAGUAUCGCAUUCUUUUGGUACCAACUCAGUUUGAGGAAAAGAGAAAAAUAGUAUUAAUAAAUUUUUCAAUCAUAGUUAAUAAUUCCUUUUUACCUUCUUUAGAUAAAGUAUAGAAUAUCGAUAUUGCAAAAUGGCUGAUAAAUCUCAAAAUGUUAUGCGUGAUUUACGUAUUGAAAAAUUAGUUUUAAACAUUUGUGUUGGUGAAUCCGGUGAUAGAUUAACCAGAGCUUCCAAAGUUUUAGAACAAUUAUCUGGUCAAACUCCAGUUCAAUCUAAAGCUAGAUAUACCGUUAGAACUUUUGGUAUUAGAAGAAAUGAAAAGAUUGCUGUUCAUGUUACUAUUAGAGGUCCAAAAGCUGAAGAAAUUUUAGAAAGAGGUUUAAAAGUUAAAGAAUAUCAAUUAAGAACCAGAAAUUUCUCUCAAACCGGUAACUUUGGUUUCGGUAUUGAUGAACAUAUUGAUUUAGGUAUUAAAUAUGAUCCAGGUAUUGGUAUUUACGGUAUGGAUUUCUACGUUGUUAUGGGUAGAGCCGGUGCCAGAAUUGCUAGAAGAAAGAGAACUAGAUCAACUAUUGGUAACUCUCAUAAAACUAACAAAGAAGAUACUAUUCAAUGGUUUAAACAAAGAUAUGAUGCUGAUGUUUUAAACAAAUAAGUUAAUUAGUUAUUAAAUGAAAGACUAGUUUAUAUAAAUCUUGUAUACAAAAUUAAUAUCAUAUAUCAAAAACAUAUUUAAUAAUAAUAAUUA